CGCAAUUCCAAACCGGAAGUUUUGCGAAGCGAGUUGGUGGGUUUUUUUCAGAGCUGAGACUGAGAGUGAGAGUCAAAAAGAAAUGUCUGGUUCAAUUGAAAUCCCUCUUCGGGACACCGAUGAGGUGAUUGAGUUGGAUCUUGACCAGCUACCAGAGGGAGAAGAAGUGUUGAGUAUCCUUCGACAAGAAGUAGCACCGCUUCACAUCUGGGUGACUCUGGCAUUGGAAUAUUACAAACAAAAUUAUGUCCAAGAUUUUGUCAAGAUUCUGGAUGCCUCCAGGACAGAUGCAGGGUUGGAUUAUCCAAACUUUGAGAGAGAUCAGAUGCGAGCCCUGGACACACUUGCUGCAUAUUAUGUCCAGAAAGGGCAUAAAGAAAAGAAUAAGGAUAAGAAAAGGGAGCUGUUUACACAGGCUACCCUUCUAUACACGACAGCUGAUAGAAUCAUCAUGUAUGACCAGAAUCACUUGCUGGGUCGUGCCUACUUCUGCCUCUUGGAGGGAGACAAAAUGGACCAGGCUGAUGCACAGUUUAACUUUGUGUUGGGUCAGGCAAACAACAACAUCCCCUCACUGCUGGGUAAGGCAUGCAUUGCGUUCAAUAAAAAGGACUAUCGUGGAGCAUUAGCAUACUACAAAAAAGCCCUGAAGACCAACCACAACUGUCCUGCCUCCGUCAGGUUGGGGCUUGGUCAUUGUUUUGUCAAACUCAAUCGCUUGGAGAAAGCCAGAAUGGCAUUUGAGCGAGCUCUGCAUUUGGAUCCACAGUGUGUGGGAGCAUUGAUUGGUCUGGCUAUUCUAGAGCUGAAUUCUAAAACCCAGGACUCCAUUAAAAACGGUGUCCAGUUACUGUCCAAAGCAUACACCAUAGACUCCACCAAUCCCAUGAUUCUAAACCAUCUUGCCAACCAUUUCUUCUACAAGAAGGAUUAUCAGAAAGUGCAACACCUGGCUCUUCACUCAUUCCACAACACAGAGAAUGAAGGCAUGAGAGCAGAAAGCUGUUAUCAGCUGGCUAGGGCCUUCCAUGUUCAGCAAGACUACGAUCAGGCCUUCCAGUAUUACUACCAGUCAACACAGUUUGCUCCUCCUAACUUUGUCCUGCCGUUCUUUGGUCUGGGCCAGAUGUACAUAUACAGGGGUGAUAACGAAAAUGCAGCCACAUGUUUUGAGAAGGUGCUGAAGGCUCAGUCGGGGAAUUAUGAAACAAUGAAGAUUCUGGGUUCCCUUUACGCAAAUUCACCUGAGCCUGCUAAAAGAGAUGUAGCCAAACAACACUUGAAGAAGGUAACGGAGCAGUUUCCAGAUGAUGUGGAGGCGUGGAUUGAACUGGCACAGAUUCUGGAACAACAGGAUGUACAGGGAGCGUUGUCAGCAUAUGGAACAGCCACUAGAAUUCUGAAAGAGAAAGUGGAAGCUGAUGUACCACCAGAAAUUUUGAACAAUGUGGCAGCUCUCCAUUUUAGAUUGGGAAAUCUGCAAGAGGCCAGGAAAUGUUACGAGGCAUCUCUUGAAAGAUCUCGUAGUGAGGCCCAACAUGAUGAAACCUACUAUAGUGCCAUUUCCGUGACAACGACCUAUAACCUGGCCAGGUUGUAUGAGGCAACACACGAGUACGACGAUGCUGAGAGACUAUACAAAAGUAUUCUCCGAGACCAUCCUAACUACGUGGACUGUUACCUGAGACUUGGUUGCAUGGCUCGAGACAGGGGUCAGAUCUACGAGGCCUCAGAUUGGUUUAAAGAAGCCCUGCAGAUUAAUCAGGAUCACCCGGAUGCUUGGUCUUUGAUAGGAAAUCUGCAUUUAGCCAAGCAAGAGUGGGGUCCGGGGCAGAAAAAGUUUGAGCGUAUCAUUGGACGACCUAACACAAAAGACGAUGCCUACUCUCUGAUUGCUUUGGGGAAUGUUUGGCUACAGACUCUACACACUCCCAUGAGAGACAAGGAUAAGGAAAAACGUCAUCAGGAGAGAGCUCUGGCCAUGUACAAACAAGUCCUCAGAAAUGAUGACCGCAACAUCUGGGCAGCUAAUGGAAUCGGGUGUGUUUUGGCCCACAAAGGUUGUAUCAAUGAGGCUAGAGAUGUGUUUGCCCAGGUGCGGGAGGCCACUGCGGAUUUCUGCGAUGUCUGGCUCAAUAUUGCACACAUCUACGUGGAACAGAGGCAGUAUGUAGCAGCUGUACAAAUGUACGAGAAUUGUUUGAAGAAAUUCUUUAAAUAUCACAACACGGAGGUGAUGGUCUAUCUGGCGAGAGCAUACUUCAAAUGUGGACGACUUAAGGAGUGCAAAAACAUUCUACUCAAGGCUCGUCAUGUGUCUCCCAGUGACACGGUGCUGCUGUACAACAUUGCCUUAGUACAACAGAAGCUGGCCACCUCAAUCCUCAAAGACGAGAAGAGCAAUCUAAAGACAGUACUCAGUGCCGUCAAAGACCUAGAACUGGCUAUCAAAUAUUUCACUCAUCUUUCAACAUAUGGAGACAGAAUGAAGUUUGAUUUGAACCAAGCAGCCUCAGAAGCUCGACAGUGCUCAGAUCUUCUCAGUCAAGCUCAGUAUCACGUGGCUCGAGCUCGCAAGAUUGAUGAGGCAGAGAGAGAGAUGAGAAAGAGGCAAGAGGAGGAAAGGGAGGCAAUCCGUCAAAAACAUAAGGCUGAACAGAUGGAAAAACAGAAAAUCAAGGAAGAAAUGGAUAAGAAGUUGAUGGAACAGAGAGCCAAGUUUGUGGAGAAAGCCAAAAAGAUAUCCAUGCUUGAGCCUGACGCAGACGAAAGGCCGAGAAAAUCAGGAUCAAAAAAAGGUAAAAAGCAAGAUGAUGGGGACUUUAUAUCAGACGGCAGCAGUGAUGAGAGACCGAGAAAAAAGAAGAGACGAGGAUCAGACACAGAGAAUGAUGAUGGGGAGGGACGCAGGAAGAAGAAAAAUAGAAAAAGAGCCCAGAGAGGUGGAGGGGAAAAUUCUGAUGAUGAAGGAGGCGAGAGGCGAUCACGGGGGAAAAAGAGGAAGGAGAGCAAGGUGAAUACAGAGAGGCUCACAGAAAAACAGCGACGGAAAAUCCGAUCCAAGGCCAUCAUCUCCUCCAGCGAGGAUUCCGAUUCAGAUGGAGGAAAGAAACUCAAAAUUGCGGCAAGCAGUGGAAGUGAGGAUGAAGCUGGUGAAGGCAUUGGUAAAAGAAGGAGGAUAAUGUCAGACAGUGAAAGUGAUGCUGGAAGUAGGAAAUCUGGGUCAAGAUCCCGUAGCAGGUCAGGUUCAAGAAGCAGAUCUAGGAGCAAGUCUGGAUCAAGAAGGUCAGGAAGUGAAUCUGGUGCCAGCAGGAAAUCAGGUUCUAGAUCCAGAUCUGGAUCUCGCUCCCGUUCCAGAUCACCCUCUGGAUCUAGGUCUAGGUCAAGGUCAGUAUCCCGCAGCAGAUCCAGGAGUGGCUCUCCAGCUAGGAGUGGCUCUCCAGCUAGGAGUGGAAGUGGAUCCCCUGCCAGAUCACGUUCAAGGUCGGCCUCUAGAUCCCGAUCAGGCAGUCCUGCUAGAAGUGGAAGUCCAGGAUCAGAGGGGCAGAGGUCACCAGCUAAUUCAGAUGGAGGAAGUGGAAAUGAAGGUGGCAGGUCAGGUGGAGAGGAAAGUGAUUGAAUAUACGAAAAACUUUUUUUAUCAAAAUGUUUCUACACAUUUGAAGAUGAUUAUUUGCAGAAGUGGAGUAAAGUGCAGGUUUUAGCAAAAUGUUUGCAGCCUGUAACAAUGUGAUUUUUUGUACUCAUAAAUAUAUUGAGAAUUUAUGCAUUGUGAAUAUAUUGAUUAAGGAGGAAUUUGUAUAUUGUGAACAUUUUAUGUAACAGCUGUGUAGCAAGUAACGUGGCUUAAAAUGCUUGUUGAGAUUUUAUAAAAGUGUAAAAAUUGUGAAUAAAAUGUUACAUAACUCUGUAAUAAAUUGAAAACUUCA